AUCGUCGUUCUUCUCUCUCUCUUAAUACUACUCUCUGUCACGCUCUCUCUCUCUCUCUAAAAAUUCCGUUCACCGAAGCAACCAAAAAAAAAAAAAAAAAAUCGUCUUUCGGAUUAAACAAAAUUCAGCUUUCUGUUUUUUUUUUUCCUUAUCCAAAUCGAAAAACAAAGUACGCAUUGUGUUUUUAUUUUUCUGGGUUUCUUAUAAUUUAAAACAGAGAGAGCGAUAACAAAACAUAAAAGUAAGGAUUUGUCCGAAACAGAUCUCUCUGUCUCUGUUCUUUUCUGUUUUUGGGUAAAUUUUUUUCCAAAAGAACGAAACUUUCUUCUACAAUUCUACCACUUCGAUAGUGGGUCAAACCCAACGGAGGAUCAUCUGGUUUUAUGUUCGUGGAACUUUUUUCGAGAAUUGGGGAACGAUUAGGGUUUGUGGAAUUUGAAAAAGGUUCGUUUUUGUAGUUGGAUUUGGUAAUUCGAUAUGAUAAUCAAACGAAAGUUGAAAACUUUGAAACGAUGUAAUUCGACUAAUGAAGAAGAUGAUAUAGUUCGGAAGAAGAGAAAGGUCAACCUCAAUGGUGGUGGUAGUGGUGGUGAUUACUAUUACCCUCUUAAUCUUCUUGGAGAGAUUGGUGCUGGGAUUGUUCCUGGUAAGAAUGGAUUCUCUGUUUCUUUGUGUAAGCAAGUUUCGUGUUCUCCUAAAGUUGAGGUGGUGGAGGAAGAAGAGGAGGAGGAGGAGAUAAAGUCAACGAGAUUAGUUUCACGGCCACCGCUUGUGAAGACAUCUAGAGGAAGAGUUCAGGUGCUUCCUUCACGGUUUAAUGACUCGGUUAUCGAGAAUUGGAGGAAAGAUAAUAAAAGUAGUGGCGAAGAACGCGAGGAAGAGAUUGAAGAAGAAGCAUGCAGGAAGGAGAAAGUCAAAGUUAGUAGUAAUCAUAGUUUGAAGAUUAAGCAACAGGAAACUAAAUUUACUCCUAGGAACUAUAAGUAUAGUAGUAGUAGUGCAUUGUGUGGAGAGAUAGAUGAUGAGGAUAAAUGUGAAGAGAUUGUUAGAUAUGGUAAUAGCUUUGAGAUGAAGAAGCAGCGUUAUGUAGAUGAUGAGCCUCGUCCUAAGAAAGAAGGUGUUUAUGGGCCAGAGGAUUUUUAUUCUGGUGAUUUGGUUUGGGGUAAAUCCGGGAGGAAUGAGCCGUUUUGGCCGGCUAUUGUUAUUGAUCCAAUGACGCAAGCGCCUGAGCUUGUUUUGCGUUCUUGUAUACCUGAUGCAGCUUGUGUUAUGUUCUUUGGUCACUCUGGGACAGAGAAUGAAAGGGAUUAUGCAUGGGUUAGGAGAGGGAUGAUUUUCCCAUUUGUGGAUUAUGUAGAGAGGUUACAAGAACAGUCUGAACUGCGUGGAUGCAACCCUAGGGAUUUUCAGAUGGCACUUGAAGAAGCUCUUUUGGCAGACCAAGGGUUUACAGAAAAGCUGAUGCAGGAUAUUCACAUGGCCGCUGGUAACCAGACUUUUGAUGAUUCUGUCUACAGAUGGGUUGAAGAAGCUGCAGGCUCGAGCCAAUAUCUUGAUCACGUUGCUCCAAGCCAGGACAUGAAGAAAUACAGAAAUCCAAGAGCCUGUGUAGGAUGUGGAAUGGUCCUUUCUUUUAAGAUGGCACAGAAAAUGAAAGCUCUGAUUCCCGGAGAUCAAUUAUUGUGUCAACCUUGUUCAAAGCUGACAAAACCGAAACACGUUUGUGGGAUAUGCAAGAGGAUAUGGAAUCAUUUGGAUAGUCAGAGCUGGGUGCGUUGUGAUGGGUGUAAAGUCUGGAUUCACUCAGCGUGUGAUCAAAUAUCACAUAAGCAUUUUAAGGAUUUGGGGGAAACAGAUUACUAUUGUCCCACAUGCAGAACAAAAUUUGAUUUUGAGCUAUCAGAUUCAGAAAAACCAGACUCAAAAUCCAAACUUGGCAAAAACAAUGCCCCGAUGGUGCUUCCUGAUAAAGUUAUUGUUGUAUGCUCUGGAGUUGAAGGCAUAUAUUUUCCAAGCCUUCAUUUAGUCGUAUGUAAGUGUGGAUCUUGUGGACCUGAAAGGAAAGCACUUAGUGAAUGGGAGAGGCAUACUGGUUCAAAAGCAAAAAAUUGGAGAACUAGUGUUAAAGUUAAAAGCUCCAAGCUGCCUCUAGAAGAAUGGAUGAUGAAAUUAGCAGAGUUCCACGCAAAUGCUACUGCAGCAAAACCUCCUAAACGACCUUCUAUAAAGCAGAGAAAGCAAAGGUUACUUUCCUUUCUUAGAGAAAAGUAUGAGCCGGUCAACGUGAAAUGGACAACCGAGCGAUGUGCAGUUUGCAGAUGGGUGGAAGAUUGGGACUACAACAAGAUCAUUAUCUGCAACAGAUGUCAAAUAGCAGUUCAUCAGGAAUGCUAUGGGACGAGAAACGUUCGUGACUUCACAUCAUGGGUCUGCAAAGCCUGCGAGACACCUGAGAUCAAACGAGAGUGUUGCCUCUGUCCUGUAAAAGGAGGUGCAUUAAAGCCAACUGAUGUGGAGACACUGUGGGUUCACGUGACAUGUGCUUGGUUUCAGCCUGAAGUAUGUUUUGCAAGUGAAGAAAAAAUGGAACCAGCUUUGGGGAUUUUGAGUAUUCCAUCAAGUAAUUUUGUGAAGAUUUGUGUAAUAUGCAAGCAAAUACAUGGCUCAUGCACUCAGUGUUGCAAGUGCUCUACGUAUUAUCAUGCCAUGUGUGCUUCCCGAGCUGGGUAUAGAAUGGAGUUGCACUGCUUGGAGAAAAAUGGUCGACAGAUAACAAAGAUGGUGUCGUAUUGUUCUUAUCACAGGGCUCCGAAUCCAGAUACUGUGUUAAUUAUACAGACGCCUUCAGGGGUCUUUUCUGCGAAAAGUCUUGUUCAAAAUAAAAAGAAAUCUGGUACGAGGCUUAUUUUAGCAAACAGAGAAGAAAUUGAAGAGUCUGCCGCAGAGGAUACCAUACCAAUUGAUCCAUUUUCUUCUGCUCGUUGUCGACUAUAUAAAAGAACGGUUAAUAGCAAGAAGAGGACGAAAGAAGAAGGUAUUCCUCACUACACAGGAGGACUACGUCAUCAUCCAUCCGCAGCGAUCCAAACUUUGAACGCAUUCAGGCAUGUGGCAGAAGAACCCAAAUCAUUUUCCUCGUUCAGGGAACGGCUUCACCACUUGCAGAGGACAGAAAUGGAACGGGUCUGCUUUGGUCGAUCUGGUAUACAUGGAUGGGGCCUUUUUGCGAGAAGAAAUAUUCAAGAAGGAGAAAUGGUUCUUGAAUACCGUGGGGAACAAGUGAGAGGAAUCAUUGCAGACUUAAGGGAAGCAAGAUAUCGAAGAGAAGGGAAGGAUUGCUACCUGUUUAAGAUCAGUGAGGAAGUAGUGGUGGAUGCGACAGAGAAAGGGAAUAUUGCUCGACUAAUAAACCAUUCGUGUAUGCCAAAUUGCUAUGCAAGGAUUAUGAGUGUAGGAGAUGACGAAAGUCGGAUUGUUCUGAUUGCCAAGACCACUGUAGCUUCCUGCGAGGAGUUAACAUACGAUUACUUGUUUGAUCCAGAUGAACCUGAUGAAUUCAAGGUGCCGUGUCUAUGUAAAUCCCCCAACUGCAGGAAAUUCAUGAAUUAGAGAGUUUUAUGUAGAUGAUCUUACACAUAAGAAGAAGAAGAAGCCGAGUAUCGUUUUGUCCUCGAUGACUACUAACUCAAGAACCCGUUGCUCUCCACACUUGAAUAGGAAGCUUAUGGAGUUUAAAGCUGAUGAAACUUCUGAAUAAGACACUUCUUCAAAGCUCCAAGGCGUUUAUUUUGUAGGUAAUAGGACUAGUUGUAGCUAAGCCCUUUUUCACAUUUAGCAUUUCUGUAUAGCUAAUUUUCAGACCUUAUCCAUUUUCGGGUUUCAAAUUACUCAAAAGAUCAGAAAAGCAAAAAAGAAAGACAAUGCAAAUCAUUUUUGGUUUCUAUAAUGUUUAUUUUCUUUUAUUAUUUCUUUCGGUACGAAAUGAGUGAAGAUGGCACAAAAGGAACAUGAGAAGAAUAUGAAGCAAUGGAUUUUGAGAAAGAGAAAAAAAUGCAUUGGAAGUAAAAUGAUUUAGAAAGAAAAAAAACAAAACAGAAAUGAAAUGGAAUUAUAGAAAUGUCUUAAUGUGUACUUUGGGGUGAAUGAUGUAUCCGACUUAUUACUGACUCAUCAGAUUCAUGAACUAAUGGUUCGGUUACCUUCGGAGAUACAUCCCCAACAACUACACUUCCAUCUCCAUCACCAUCAUCAGCUUCAGCUUCCUCACCAUCAUUAGCUCCCUUCUUCUCUUCUGCUUCUUCCAUGUUCUCAUCUUCAGAUAAAUCUUUCCGCUCAUCAACAUCCAUAGCCUCGAGAGUCGGUGGUGCUACUGUCAAGGUAACUGCAUCACCUUCUGGAACACCAUCAUGCUCAGGAGCUGUCUCCAUUGUUUGGUCUACACCAGCUCCAUCAUCUAGCUUAGCCUCUUGCUCAUCACCUUCAAUGUGGUCUAAAGCCACAGCUUCCUCAGAACCUUCAAUGUGAUCUGAAGCCAUAGCUUCCUCAGAACCUUCAAUGUGAUCUGA